AUGUCGGCUGUUGGAAAGGAGAUUCCUAAGCUACUGGCCGUGACUCUGAUCCGGAGCGGCAUAAGCAAGCCGUACUGGCAGAAGAGGACGCUCAAAGCCCUGGGGCUGGUCAAGAUGCACAAGACAAUUGUCCACAAGAACACGCCGUCGGUUGUAGGGAUGCUGAGCUCGGUCAAGGAGCUGGUGCACGUGAGCCCCGUCGUGCUCCGCUCGGACCUAGAAAACUCUCCUAACAGGGGCUCCUUUUUUCUCGACAACGGAGAAGCAUUUGUGGACCCGUCAUCACCAGAGAAUACUCCUGGUACACCUGAAAGAACUGAUAGCAGCAGCCACACAGACAAUAUUUCACCACUAUAA